UUUACUUAUUUAGGUGAAAGUUUCAAGUUAACUAAACAAAUUUUGAAAUCAUAUCCACUUUACGCAAUGAUAUUUGCAGAUUUACAGGGACACAAACCAAACUUGUGUCCAACGCUGGGAUUCCCACCCUCCUCCUCCUCCCCACCCUGAGCCUGAGCAGAUCUGCUGGAGCAGGGAGGUUAAGUGUCCUGCUCGGGGACAGUUAUGAGUCGACUGAGGGGUCUCUAACGAGCGAAUUGAAAAAAAAAAAAAAAAAAGACAGUCCCACCCACAUUUUCACACUUUUCUAUCCAACCAAGCUCUAAAGUCUCACACUGGAUGUUUCAGCGAGCACAAAUAAAACACAUUAAAAAGGAGACCCCCGUUUUUUUCGUGAGAAACAUGAAUUCUUGAUUCUCCUUUAAAUUUCCUCCGUGCCUGGAUCUGCCACGUCCAUCAGCAGCAGGAGCAUCAGCAGCGGCGGCGGCUGUUCUGGUCUCUUGAUGUUGUGGUCGGGAAUACGCAUGCGCCCGGUAUCGGAAUUACUGCGCUGGCAAGAAUAACUUAGACCUCGUCCGCCUUCCCUCCCCUAAAAAAAGAAACGAAAGGUUUACAACCGUUAAAGAAUGUUUGCGUCAAGAAUAAGAAGAAUGAAGACUGCGUGCGUCUGUUUUUUCCCCUUCAUAGUGGCUGUGGCGCGCGCUCAGAGUGCCGGUGCCAAUGACCCAAGCAAUAUGCCUUUAGUCAAAGAAACGGUGGAUAGACUCUUGAAGGGGUAUGAUAUACGACUGAGGCCAGAUUUUGGAGGUGCUCCUGUGGGAGUGGGAAUGAACAUAGACAUAUCCAGCAUAGACAUGGUUUCAGAAGUCAAUAUGGACUAUACACUGACAAUGUACUUCCAGCAGGCUUGGAGAGACAAGCGGCUGUCCUACUCUGAGAUCCCACUCAACCUAACCUUAGAUAACMGGGUAGCUGACCAGCUCUGGGUCCCUGACACCUACUUCCUCAACGACAAGAAAUCGUUUGUCCACGGUGUCACUGUAAAAAACAGAAUGAUUCGACUGCACCCAGAUGGCACWGUGCUGUACGGUUUGAGGAUCACUACUACAGCUGCCUGUAUGAUGGACCUAAGAAGGUAUCCACUAGAUGAGCAAAACUGCACACUUGAGAUAGAGAGCUAUGGGUACACAACUGAUGACAUUGAAUUCUACUGGCGAGGAGGAAACAAUGCUGUGACAGGUGUGGACAAGAUUGAACUACCCCAGUUUUCCAUCGUGGACCACAAGCUCAUCUCCAAAAAUGUUGUAUUUUCCACAGGCUCUUAUCCCCGCCUGUCCUUGAGUUUUAAGCUAAAAAGAAAUAUUGGGUAUUUCAUCCUGCAGACGUACAUGCCUUCUAUCCUCAUCACCAUCCUCUCAUGGGUCUCCUUCUGGAUCAACUAUGAUGCYUCUGCUGCCAGGGUGGCUCUAGGUAUUACCACGGUCCUUACCAUGACAACCAUUAACACCCACCUGAGAGAAACCCUCCCCAAAAUUCCAUAUGUCAAGGCCAUAGACAUGUACUUGAUGGGCUGCUUUGUAUUUGUCUUCCUGGCCUUGCUGGAGUAUGCCUUGGUGAACUACAUCUUCUUCGGCCAGGGUCCCCAACGUCAGAAAAAAGCAGCUGAGAAGACAGCAACAGCAAACAAUGAAAAAAUGAGGAUGGAUCCAAAUAAGUGGCUCGUGGGGAAUGUGGUUGGCAGAGAUGAUACCCUGUAUGCAAGAAUGAAACAAAGAGAUCUAGCUGGUCAUGACUCAAUGUGGGAGCCAAUUUUUAUGGAUGAUGCAGCAAUUGGACUUGGUGAUCAAAAGCAUAAGAUGGACCCACAUGAAAACAUCCUCUUGGGCACUCUGGAUAUCAAGAAUGACAUGGGAGUUACAGAGCUGGCUCUGGGUCUCAAUGACCCACGAAACACCAUGCUAACAUAUGACAGCUCUAAUCUACAGUAUCGUAAAGCAGGUCUGGCGAGGCACAACUUUGGCCGAAAUGCACUGGAGCGCCAUAUGGCUCAAAAGAAGAGCCGACUACGGAGGCGGGCUUCACAGUUAAAAAUCACCAUCCCAGAUUUGACUGAUGUAAACUCCAUUGACAAAUGGUCAAGAAUGAUCUUCCCCACUGUUUUUUCCUUCUUCAACAUUGUUUACUGGCUUUAUUAUGUCAACUAAAAACAAUAAGACACUGGCAAGAGCAAGCACAAGCAUCCAAACAUGUUAUUAACAUCCUGUUUGUAUCUGGUUUGUCUCAUAUGUAUGCAGUGAUGUGGUAUUAGACUGAAGUCAGGACUUGAUCUAUCAUUAGGAACUCAGUAACUGCUGGCUACCACAUGGAAAACCUUAUAGAAAAGAGAUUAUAUACAGUACAUAAGGUGCCUAUUCCUGAAUAACUGUUUACAUUUUUUUAAUUUAUUUAUUUUUAGUUUAUUUUAAUAUGUAUGUGUCUUUUUUAUUUUUUGUCUGUUUGCCAUUAUAUGUAUUUUUUGUUUGGUCAGAUCUAUAACAUUCUUAAUCCACUACCAUGUUACAAAUGAUUUGAAACAAAAUUAUGAGUUAACACUAUUCUUAAAAAAUACAACAAUCAAGAAAAUCACUGAAAACGUUUCAAAGUGGCGCAACAAAUUUUCAGGAUAACAAUUUUUUAAUGUUCUUUGCCUGACAAUUUACAUCUUUUUUUUUUCAGAUAUUGAAAUCUUUGUUAUUCUUUCCUACAAAGGAAAAUGCAUGAUUCAUUUCUAACAUUUCUUGACUUUCAAAAUGUCCAGGGUUUUAUUUAAAACAUGUCCAAAAAGCUUGCUGAAUGUUUAAAUAUGUAUUUAUCUUUGUGUACUUAUUACUACAGUAUUUUGCAUUUGCUAUGUGUAAAAAAAUAAAACAACACAGUAUAUUGUACUAAAACUGCAAUUAAAAUGGCAAGACACAAGAAAAGCCCAAAUGCAUAAAAAUACACUUUUUUUUCCUUUAGAACAAAUGUUGACAGUUAUUUUAAUAGUGUUUACAUUCUUGACAAUAUUUUUAGAAAAUUAUGAAUUUGAUAAUUUUAAGUCAUUUCUUGCUUCCACAAUUAAGUUGUAUAUAAUUUAAACAUUUUUUGUUUGWUUGUUUGUUUCAGGCCAAACCAAGGUAACACUAAUUUUAGGGUUGUAAUUUACAAGAAUCUAAUACUUUGUUCUCUCUCAAUGCGGUGCAAUAAGAUCCAAAUCAGAGUGUGAWUAAUGUCAUUUCCACAAAUUAACCUAUAGUAACAUAAUGAUGCCAUGUUUAUAGUAAAAUAUUAACUAAGACUUGUGCAAAUUUGUAUCUACAGAAGCAGUGCUAAUACGAAGAAAAUCAUGAAAAUAUGUGUGCCUACGCAUUUAAUAACAGGUUCUUUUAAAACAAGAAGGAAACAUGACAGUUUGUUUCUCCUAGUUAAAUAUCCAUAAAGACAUUGAGCCGGUAUUCAACACAAUGUAYUCAGUUGUUGACAUAUUUUCUAGACACAUAUUACUGAUAAUCUGAAUUUUCUUUACAGUAGCAACUUUUCAUUAUUUAUUUUUUCCCAAUUUUCUUUAUAUAUUCAUUUGUGAAGUGUGCUUAUGUCUUUUUGAGAAGUAUGCCUAACAUUUUAAAUAAGAAUCAUAUUAUUAAAAAUUAGAAAAAAAAUCCAAAAUGCAUUGAUGUAUGAGUGCAAGUUCAUUUUAACAAAAAUGCCAUAGUAAAAAAAAA